UUGCAGUGGACCGGUUCGUAUGUUGAGAGAUACGGCCACGGCCAUACUUUACAGCGAAGACACCUCGUGGCGAACGUGAGGCUACCUUUUCCGGUAUGCUCUCCUAACGGCAGGGCAACGCUCAGAAGCAUUCUACAGGAGGCGUCUCUUCUGUAAAAGGUCUUUCAUCCGUUCUGCUGCGCCCUGAGGCUGUCCCAGUAUAUCGCAUCCUCAGAAGCUGCACCGUAACUUGCCCCAUUGACUUUCUCAUCAUGCUCAUCGGCUCUUUGAGCGCGUUGAUUGCGUUGAUUGCGAGCAGUUCAAUCUCUAUUUCAGCAAUCACUGUCUGCGACAUACAAGGCACAUCCUUUCGAUCCCCUCUAGCUGGCCAGAUGGUGGAAGAUGUCAUUGGCUUUGUAACGGCUAAGGAUAAAUAUGGCGCUUGGAUUGUGGGCGAACCCUCCCAAGACCCUCGAGUGUCCAAUGGGCUACGCAUAUAUGGUUCGACCCCCCUGAGGAAUGUGAAAGUAGAAGAUGCUAUCUCGCUCUCGGGUCGCGUCACGGAAUACCGGCCAAAGUACAGCCCAAACGACCUGUUCCUGACCGAGCUCGACCUGAUCCGCGACAUCAACAUCCUCUCACACGGCAACGAAAUCACGCCAGUCCUGCUCGGGAAAGAGCGCAUCCCACCUAUUGGCCAGCUUUCAGCUUCUGAUGAUGGACCAGACGGCUGGUUGUCGAUCCCAAAUAACAUGACUCUACUCGAGUCAGUAAAUGCGACUUUGCAGCCGGACCUGUACGGCCUUGAUUUUUGGAAGAGUUUGGAGGGUCAGCUGGUGACGGUGCCAAAGCCUGUGGCAGCGAACUUCCCUGACAGAUUCGGUUCGAUCUGGAUCUAUGGAGACUGGCCUGUCGACGGAAAGAAUACGAGGGGCGGUCUGUCCUUGACCUCGUCUGACUUCGGUGACGCACCUGAUGCGCACCCUGGGGCUAUUCUGCUCGGAUAUCCUCUAGACGACACGAACCUUCCACGGACACAGAUGGGAACGGCCCUCAGCAAUGUUACAGGUGUAGUUACAUAUCAGUACGGCAACUAUUAUAUCCUGCCUCUCACUGCGCCGAGUGUUCUCGGUACGCCAAAUGAGACAGUGUCUCCGUCUUCACUGAUAUCCGAAGACAACGCGUGCUCUCUGACUAUCGGAGAUUACAACGUGGAGAAUAUGGGACCGCGUUCGCACCAUCUCCAGACCAUUGCGAUGCACAUCGCCAACUACCUCAGCUCCCCCGAUAUAAUGUUCUUGCAGGAAAUUCAAGACGAUUCUGGCACGAAGGACGAUGGGACGGUCUCGGCUAACAAGACCCUGAGCAGACUAACCAGUGCUAUCGCGUCUGCGACCCACGACGAAGUGCAUUAUAAGUUCACCAACGUCGAACCGGAGGAUAAUGUGGACGGCGGGCAACCAGGUGGGAACAUACGAGUCGCGUACUUAUGGCGCCCAGAAAAGGUCUCACUUGUCCCUGGGUCUCCUGUAGGGAAUGCGACCGAGGCGACGGAAGUUGUGUUAGACGACAAAGGGCAGCUUACUCUUAGUCGGAAUCCGGGACGCAUAGAUCCAAGAAAUGCCGCCUGGGAUGGAGCACGCAAGCCGAUUGCAGCUGUAUGGCAGACGACGACCGGCGAGCGAUUUUACACGGUCAAUGUUCAUUAUAGUUCGAAGCGCGAUAGCUCAUCUGCUCAAGGCGAUGCGCGCCCGCCGGUCAAUGGCAAAAGCGACCAGCGGACCGCGCAAGUGAACGUGACUGCGACCUUUGUCCAAUCUCUACUUGUGCAAGAUCCAAAUGCGCACAUCAUCGUCGGCGGUGAUAUGAAUGAAUUCAUCCAGACAAGCUCCGUGUUCGCGCCAUUUGAAGGCCUUCUUUCCGACGUCAACGAGGUUGCCGGUAUAUCCAAAGAGGAGCGCUACACAUACGUAUACGAGCAGCAUGCGCAGGAGAUCGACCAUAUAUUCCUGUCGAAGGCGGUUGCUGUGCAAGAAGCAGAGGUCGAACAUGUGCACUUGAAUACGUGGGCGGAUAGCAAGAGCGCACAGGCGAGCGACCACGACCCUACGGUGGCGAAGAUCUGGGCGUGUGCAAGGGAGGAGGGAAUGAAGAAAGGUCGUACGACAAUGCUGGUGGCAAUCUUGUCGCGCAUGUUUACAUCUUUUGCUGGGUGGUGGCCCCGUCGUUAAAGUCGAAUUUAUCAAUCGAUCUGCUGUUUUCUGUCAUUCAUUACCACUUCACACCAGACUUCAGUUCAAUGUAAUAGUAGCGUGAUGUUUCAAAUACUGAUUUCAGCGAGUCCACAAUAGCUAGCUGCUGAUGUGUGGGUUAUGAGCAGGC